UCCCAUCAUUAAAAAAAAACCCCUAGAAAAAGAAUUGAAAAAGGUCAAAAAGAAAAAACGGAUAAAGAAACAUUGUAGCCUUACGCAUUUCAAAAAUCGCAGAGGGAUUUCUCUCUUCUUUAAGAUUCUUUCUCUUUGAUCUUGGUUUUUGAGUUUAUUUUUUUCAGUUUUAUUUGAAGUCCUAAAAUGUCGAAGAUGCGAUCGAAUGGCAAACCGCCGCUGGGUAACUCUCCGAUCCAGCUUCGUUCUCGCAGGGUCCUGCGAUCCAGUGCAACCACCAUCCAGACUCCACCAGGUUCUUUGACGAAAACCCUGAAUCGCACUCAGGUGAUUGAAGAAUCUGGGCUUCGACCUGAAUACCUCACGAUUUCAUGCGAAUUGCAAGCCUUAGCGAAGAUAGUACGAAACGAACUAGGAAACGGAAGUUCAGAAAACGUGGGGUUCCCUAAUACUUUCGGUGCUAAUUCAAGUCCUCUGUUCGAAAGAGGUAGGUUCUACGAUGAGUACAGUGCAAGAAGGAACGAAAGACUGAAGAGAAAGAAGGGCGAAACUGGAGACGUAGGGAAAACUCCGUACAAACUCGGCGUCACCGUGGAACCCUCGAAAAGAAGGGACACGAAGAAAUUUGAGAGCCUGAGGAAAUCAGUCCCUGCUGCUUUAUCCGUGGAUCGAAGCGAGAAUCCAAGGUAUUUGCUGAGAAGCAGCACCAAAGAAAACAAGAAACCUCCAAUGCCGUUCAACGUGGAGAAGUCUGCUGUCGCCGGAGAUCGGAAAAUCGGAGCUCGAAGAGUCCGGAAAGUCUGAAAGCUGAGAAAUGGAUCUCACACAAUUUGUUUUUGGUUUCUCAGAUCUCAGAAGGUGUUUGAAGGUUGCCUCCAGUUAGGUUUUGCAUCUCUCUACAGUUCAGUCUGAGACUGAUUUCAGUGGUUUUACAUUUUGUGGAGAAAAACUUAUGAUUAGUUGAUUGAAUUUAGACAAAAACAUGAAAAUCAAUCAUUAGGAUUUAUUUUGUCUC